AAAAUGUAGAGGUAGCAUUGUGGCUGUCUAUCUACAUUAGAAGAAGAAGACAAUAAUGAUGACUACUGCUGUGGAUGCCGAUGUGGUUGUCUCCAUCAUUGGAGCCGUGUCUACCGUAUGUGCGGCAUUUGCCCUAGCGCCCACAACCAAGGAUGCCGUGUUGUUUAGCACGUGCUUUUGGCUGCCUCUAUUGGGUCUCCAAUGGAUUCGCCAGAGACGACCGUGGAUGGCAGCCAGUGUGAAUGCCGUGGGAUUCCUAUUGAUUUGGCAAAUUCCCGAUCGACACGUCUGGCGUCCCUUUGCCACGGCCAUGACCUUCUUUGCGACUACCAGGGCGUACGACUAUGCCAUUCACUAUCCCCACUUGAGUGCGGCUCGACACUAUGCUGGCACAAUCAUGAAACUCAACACUACCCAACCACGCAAGCAUGUCCUCCGCAUGGCCGAUUGUUUUCCGUUCGAGACCAUUCUGGAUCUACUAGUGACAAUCAUGAUAGUAGCCGUGUGUGUCAUGGUGGGCAUUCCACAGUGUCAAGAAUGGCAAUCGCCCGAAUACCCCACAACAGUGGGUCUCCAGCUACCUCAUUAUUGGCGGGAUUGGAUCGUUAUGCACAUUCGCUGUGGUCUCAUUGGGAUUGCCUUUGGCUAUGGCAUUCAUUUGCUCCAAUUUCUAUAUGGACUCUGGUACGCUCCCUUUCGAAUCAUCCACACACAAGCCGUCAUGAAUCAUCCACUCUUGGCCACUAGUCUGACAGAAUUUUGGAGCUACCGAUGGAAUCGACUCUUUCAUGGAUUCCUCAAACGAAACAUUUACACUCCUCUUCUUCUUCACAACAAUAAUAAACACUACUGCAACAACAACAAUAAUAAUAAGGCCAUGGCAGUCAUUGGGACAUUUGCAUUUAGUGGAUUGUGUCAUGUCUUGGUGUUGGAGGGUGGUGUCGAACGAUCCAUGAGGGCCAAUCUGGGGUGUAUGGCAUUCUUUCUCUGUCAAGCACUAUUGAUACUCGUGGAGCAAAGGAUCUUUUUUACAAACAACAAUAACAACAACAACAAUCAGCCAAAAACACAACAACCACAAUCUACUGCAAGUAUGAUUGCCAAUCGGCUCUUUACCUACGUCUCUUUGUUGGCGACGGCACCUCUGUUGAUUGAACCAUCCUUGCGAACCACAACACAUCCAUCCUGAUGGCCGUGAUAGAGCAGAUGCAAUGCACUCCUGGUCUUAAUUGUCCAUGGUCCCCACUGUACAGUACAGUAGGGCGUGUUCCUUCCAUUCCACAGUGCCAAGAAGAGGGGUUGAGCGUGCGUCAACUGCAGACACAGCACAGCCAGUUUCGUGGUUGCCAUCACCACACUGUAUUCAUUCAUCCUUGAUGGCUGGCUUUCUCUUUUAAUUAGAAUUUGCUAGUUAAAAGUAAACAACGCUUGUGAAAGGCGUUCGACCAUCCGGUACAAGUUUUAUUAAUUGUAUUUAGUUAGUUACGUCGAGUCGAGUCCAUGUGAUGGAGGUGUCGAGUCGGCCUGCACGCAUGCAUGUGAUCCGGCUCCAAAGGGUUUUCUUCGCAAAUACCGUAGCUACGGUAAAAUAAUGCAGUGCCGAUAAUACCGUAGUAGUAGAGCUCUGCUUCUUUCGCUUUGCUCCUUCAAAGAAUGACGUGCCUUUUUCUCCUGUCGUGCACUCGAAUGCAUGCAUGCAUGCAUGCGUGGCUGCCAUAUAGAUAGAUGCUGUCUGGAUGUCUGUCUGCAAUGAUGGAUCAUCUGCUGCUAUCUUUUACUUGCUGCAUGGGCGGCCUUUUUCCGAUUGUAUGUUCCGUUCCCGGUCCCUCGAUCCUCCUGAUUCGAUUCGAUUCAUUCUCAAAACACGCAUGGCUGACAAGAAGGAAGAUGGUUGGUCAUGCAGUCGGCUCGACUCGUGAACUGGAUGAUUCGAAAGAAGGCUGGGCGGCUCAAUUGGCAAUGAUUAUACAGUAUGAUAGCAUCCAUCCCCAUUGCAAAUAAGAAACAUGAUGGAACCACAGGGUCGUAUGUAUUCGUCCUCUGAGAAACAAAUAUUGGUACCGUAUCGUACAUGUAGUAGCUUUGUGAGUGCGAGCAUCAUGCCACCAUGAUCAUUAAGAAUUCACCGGUCAAAGUAUGGUACCAUGGUACCUGCAAGGUCCCGAAACGGGACUCAAACGAUAGUUUCACGCUUUUUGUUAGUUUCACGCUUUUGGGUUAGUUUCACGCUUUUUGUUAGUU